GUUCUGUCUCAUUUUUUUCAGAUCCGGAAGUGUGGCAAAUAACUGGAUUGAAAUUUUCAAUUUUGUCCAGCAACUUACAGAGAGAUUUGUGAGCCCUGAAAUGAGAUUAUCUUUCAUUGUGUUUUCUUCUCAAGCAUCCAUUAUUUUGCCAUUAACUGGAGACAGAGGAGAAAUCCAGAAAGGUUUAGAAGAUUUAAAACGUGUGAGUCCGGUAGGAGAGACAUAUAUCCACGAAGGACUAAAGCUAGCAAAUGAACAAAUUCAGAAAGCAGGAGGCUCAAAAACCUCCAGUAUCAUAAUUGCUCUGACAGAUGGUAAGUUGGACGGUCUGGUGCCAUCAUAUGCAGAGAAAGAGGCAAAGUUAUCCAGGUCACUUGGGGCUAAUGUUUACUGUGUUGGUGUCCUUGAUUUUGAACAAGCUCAGCUUGAAAAAAUUGCUGAUUCCAAGGAACAAGUUUUUCCUGUCAAGGGUGGUUUUCAGGCUCUUAGAGGAAUAAUCAAUUCUAUACUAGACCAGUCAUGUACUGAAAUCCUGGAAUUGAGUCCUUCAAGUGUCUGUGUGGGGGAGGAAUUUCAGAUUGUUCUGAGUGGAAGAGGAUUCAUGUUGGGCAGUCGGAAUGGCAGCGCUCUCUGUACUUACACUGUGAACGAAACAUACACAAGGAGUGUAAGACCAGUAAGUGUACAGCUUAAUUCUAUGCUUUGUCCUGCACCCAUCCUGAAUAAAGCUGGAGAAACUCUCGAUGUUUCAGUGAGUUUUAAUGGAGGAAAAUCUGUCAUCUCAAGUUCAUUAAUAAUUACAGCUACAGAAUGUUCCAACGGAAUUGCAGCCCUCAUUGCUAUUUUGGUCUUAUUGCUACUUGUGGGCAUUGGUUUGAUGUGGUGGUUUUGGCCCCUUUGCUGCAAAGUGGUUAUCAAAGAUCCUCCUCCACCACCACCACCUGCACCUAAACAGGAAGAAGAAGAUCCUCUACCCAACAAGAAAUGGCCAACUGUGGAUGCUUCCUAUUAUGGUGGCCGAGGGGUUGGAGGAAUUAAAAGAAUGGAGGUUCGCUGGGGUGACAAAGGAUCUACUGAGGAAGGUGCAAGGCUAGAGAAAGCCAAAAAUGCUGUGGUGACGCUUCCUGAAGAAGAGGAGGAACCAAUCAGGCCUAGACCACCUCGAUCCCAAGCCACGCACCAGCCUCCCCAGACAAAGUGGUACACGCCAAUUAAGGGUCGUCUUGACGCGCUGUGGGCCUUGUUGCGGAGACAGUAUGACCGGGUUUCCUUGAUGCGACCUCAGGAAGGAGACGAGGGUCGAUGUAUAAACUUCUCCCGAGUUCCAUCUCAAUAAGAAGAAACCAAGAGGACCAAGAUGGUAUGAGGGUGCCAUGCUUUUACAGUGCUGAUUUCCAACCAAAUGAAAAAAGUCAAGUGCAUUUCAAAAGCUCUUGAAGAAGCAGUUUCAUUCCUCUCCAUCAGGAAAUGUUUUCUUUGCUUUCUGCUUUACUUGCACCAAACAUUUUCAAACACUUGUUCUGCUAUCUACAAGGGAAGUGAUGAUACUCAGUAGUGACUCAUGACUCGUGACAUUGAAAAUAGAGGAAUGUUAAUCUGCAUGUUAUGCCUUAUACAAGAAAGUUUGUUUGAAUGUGUAGAAGUGGCGCAGCACCAGCGUUGUGAAGAUGGAGUUGGGAGUCUUUAACAUGGACAGUGGCACUUGUGUGUCAGUGUGGCAAGAUCUUUAGCCAUAGGCAGCGUAUGAAAAUUCCCACCAGGCUAAGAAAAUAAUGGAGUCCAUUGCCUUAUAGCUAUGUCAGAUCAUAAAAUCCUUCCAAGUCCCCAAUCACAGUGUGCCUUACGGGAAGUUUCUGACUAGAAAAUCUUGUCAUUCUAACAGAGAAGUGUACACGCAUGACAAAACGUAGACAGGAUGCCUCAAGGUAUUGGUAGCAAGAAGGAUUUUGCCCUUUAGUUUUCGAAGACACCUCUCUUUCAUUAUGCACGUGGGACAAGAAAAUUAAUAGAGCAUUAUUCCAAAGGAAGACAGCCUCUAACUAAAGACCUGGAGUGGAAUUUAAGGGACUCACGAUUUGAGGUCUUUUCUCUGAGCCUAGUGGAUUUACCCCCUUUGCCUGUGUUCAGGAUGUAAUAGUGCAUAAAGCAUUAAUAUCUGUAAACCUACCUAGGAGUUUGUUUUGCUUUUAAUUUAAAGGAAGCAAUAACCACAAAGCUUCCGCUCAGGGUUUUUUUUUUUUUUUCUUCUUCUGCUUCUUCUUUCAAGUCUCCAAGGGCUCCAGCGUCACAAGCCAGCAACUCUCUUUGCAUGAAAAUUUCAAAGUUUAAUUAAUAUAAUUAAAGGCAACAGCAAGCAGCAGCCUGUGAAGAUUUUGCUCAUCUUUUUUUAUGCCUUUUGACAUUGAAUGACCUAGUACUGUAUGUGCAUUACUUGGAUUUUGAGGAGUACUCUACCUUGGUUAUGAUUCAAUACCAGAAAAAGGCUUCCUUUCUUCAGUUUAUAAAUUAAAUUUCCAGGAGGGUUGCCAUAAAAAACCAUUGACAGUAUAUAUAUAUUAUAAUUUUUUAGAAACACCACCAUCGUGUCACAUCGAUGAUGCCAAAUUAUGUUAGUGUGAGCUGAGGCACUGUAGGGGAGGAAGAAGGCAGCAGCUGAAGAAAACAGCUCAAAUGAUCUAGUCACUUUCGAUACUGUACUUCAGAUGCGAAAUGGAUAUGCAACUCGAAACCUGACAAAGCGUGCCUGCUUUGACGUGAACUGGUAUAGACAAUGACCAGUGGCCGGGUCAGUGGGAUGUCUCUCUGCAAGCACAAAGGCUUAUCAAAUGACACUAAAAAUAAGUUCAACAACCAUCACAUCGGGAGGAAAAACGAACAUUUCGUGUUUGGUGGGCAUGUGAGUGCACAAGAUGGAAAGAACGAUUUGGAUCUUCCUGGUACAAUGAUCCCCAUUGUGCUCUUCAUAGAAAUUUUAAAGAAAGGGAAUGAUUCUGAUGGUUGGUGUCCAGGUUUCUGACACUGCUUCGAGAACCCUUAUGCACACACCACACACACACACACACGUAUACACUCACACAAAUACAUAUAUAUUCUCUAGCUUGAAUCUUUGGCUCAAGUUUAUUUAUGUCACUGGCUGGCUGGAUCCAACGUGAUGUGUCCACAUAUUCAUAAAUAAAAUUUUUACCUGUGCCUCUGUUAUCGUUUUCUUUAAGUCCACAGAAAGUUCAUGAUUUCUUUGACUUAACUAUACAGUUGUCCUGGUUAGUUUCAGGAAUGCAAUAGUAUUCAGUUGCAAAGUAACUAACACGUUCACAUAUGAUACUCUUGACAGCAUCCAUUUAAGCAGUACAACAUGGGAAGCCUGAUACAGUACGCCCAACACUUUUUGCAUUGAGUUCUUAUGAACAUUUGCUCUAUGUUUGCAUCUGGAGCAGGACCUAUUGCUACUUUUUUACAUUUCUGAUUAGUGCAUACCCAGUGAUGUUAUUUUAAGAGCAUCAAGGAUAGUACAAAAGGGCAGGCUGUGUUUCUUUAGUGGUUACUGUAAAUUUCUCUAGUGUCAUAGCACACUUGUACUUUGCUACAUGAGCAUUGUAGAUUAACCUGUACUUUUAAAUGGCAAAAUUGCUCUAUGGAGAUGUGUAAUGCAAAUUUCAAAUAAAAAUAAUAAAACUCUCAGUGAGGAAAGAGAUGGCAUUGAUCUACAUGGAGACUGAAAAAAGAAGUGCCAUUCACAAAGUUCAAACACAGAUGGAAUUUCAUUGUCCUUAAAGACAUUAACCAGAUCUGCAUUAUGCUUUUUCUCUGAUUAUGAUAACCAAGAAAUGGAAAGAAUUUAUUCUAAAAGAAUAGUUUACUUACCUAAGUAGUAGAUUAAAAAUCUCUACACCUUUCAACCAGGAAAAUAAACUAAAAUAAAGCCUGUUCU